GUCAUAGUUGGGAUGCCCAACGCCACUUCUACAUGAGCGUUGGAGAGGCUGGGAUCUGGCAUGCAUUGAUAGCUAAAGAUGUGAAAAUGGCGGAGUUACAAAUGCUUUUGGAAGAGGAGAUUCCAGCUGGACGUAGUGCUUUAUUAGAUAGUUUUACCAAUUUAGAAAGAGUUGCCGAGUAUUGCGAAAGCAACUAUGUUCAGUCACCAGAUAAGCACAGAGCGUUGGAGGAGACUAAGAACUACACCACCCAGUCCCUGGCCAGCGUAGCCUACCUGAUCAACACCUUGGCCAACAAUGUCCUGCAGAUGCUUGACAUUCAGGCCUCCCAGCUCCGCCGCAUGGAGUCCUCCAUCAACCACAUCUCACAGACAGUGGACAUCCACAAAGAGAAAGUGGCAAGGCGGGAGAUUGGCAUCCUGACCACCAAUAAGAACACCUCUCGCACGCACAAGAUCAUUGCUCCGGCCAAUCCAGAGAGGCCGGUGCGCUACAUCCGCAAGCCAAUUGACUACAGCCUGCUGGAUGACAUGGGCCACGGAGUCAAGUGGUUGCUAAGGUUUAAGGCCAGUGCUCAGAACAUAAAGGCUGGAGCCGCAGGUCUCCCUCGCACCAACCCACCCACACAGAAGCCCCCCAGCCCACCCAUGUCAGGGAAGGGAACCAUUGGGCGCCACUCCCCCUAUAGGACACUCGAGCCGGUGCGUCCUCCCGUUGUCCCUAACGACUACGUCUCGAGCCCGACGCGCCAUGGCAACAUGGUGCCCCCACAGCAGAGCCCUGCACGCACUGCGUCUGUUAAUCAGAGGAACCGCACGUACAGCAGUGGCAGCAGUGGAGGCAGCCACCCUAGCAGCAGCAGCCGCAGCAGCAGCAGAGAGAACAGCGGCAGCGGCUCCGUGGGCUUGCCUAUCGCCGUGCCAACGCCUGCCCCGCCCCCCACAGCAUUCCCAGGUACUGCCCCUGCCCUUCCCAACCCUGCUAAGCCACCUCCCACUACCACCACUACUCCCGUCCCACCUGAUGGCCUCCCUGUACUCUCUCUAGCUCCUAACCCCUCCCCCACCCCCCCUCCUGAGGGUCCACCCGUGCCCCCUCCCCCACCCCAGCUCCCCACUGCCGUCACUAGCACCGGCCCUGCUGCUUUCAGCACCCCCGCACAAGGUGCCCCCCAGUUCUUCAGCAUGAACCGACCGGUGCAACCACUGAACCCUCCUGCGGUGGGGGGGUCUCUGCCGUACCGCCGGCCCGCGUCAUUGACGGGCCAGCCCAACUCCAACAUGCCCCUGGCCCUGAACCAGCCCAACGGAGGACCCCACUUCAACCAGGUCCCAGCAGGUCCUCUUGUUGCCCCCCCUCCCCCGUCCAUGCAGAUCACUCCCCAGCUCCCUCUGAUGGGCUUUGUGGCUCGGGUACAGGAGACCAUCUCAGACGUGCCCCCUCCCCCGCCCCUAGAAGAAGCUGUGUUUGAGGAACCCACCCCGCCCCCUCCACCUCCAGAGGACUAUGAGGAUGAUGAGGAGGAGGAGGAAGAUUCGGCCGUUGUGGAGUACAGUGAUCCCUACGCAGAGGAGGACCCCCCGUGGGCCCCACGCACCUACAUGGAGAAAGUGGUGGCGAUCUACGACUACGCGGCGGACAAGGAGGACGAGCUGUCCUUCAACGAGGGCGCCAUCAUCUACGUCAUCAAGAAGAACGACGACGGCUGGUACGAAGGAACGAUGAGUGGCACCACCGGCCUCUUCCCCGGGAACUACGUCGAGUCCAUCAUGCACUACGCCGACUGAGGAGAGGUGUAGAUAGGAAGGUCAAAGACUUUGUUAGGCAGAGCAUGAUCACAUUGUAGAAGUCGACGAGGAGGAGAUGAGCGUUCAUGAAGAGUAUACAACUAUCCUCAACCGGUCUACCAGAUGAAGUACAUUGUACAACGGCCACUUGUAGAUAUUCCCUGUGUUUUUGAAUGAUAUGAGACUGUAUGGUGGUGGUUUUUGUAUGUACUAUUAGGGCUUCAUUUUGUCUUUACUAUUAUUAUAAGGAAGGCCACAAGGAUUAUUGUGAUUUAAAAAAAUAUUUUUCUCAUUUCCUUUUGCCCGUUUGCGCUUAUUUUAAAGUUGUAUUUAUUUGGAUCAUGUAUUAUAUAGGGAGGGAUGGUACGGCGGGCAGGGCUGCUGAUUUAAGGAUAGAAAUAUUUGUCAGAUGAUCCCGAUUAAGUUCUCUACUCUCAGCCCAAGAGAAGACACUAGAUGAGAAUGCUUUCCAAUAUUUUCUCUCCUGACAUUCCCAGAGCCUUUCUAGACUCAUAUUUUAUUUAAAACCAGGAGCUCCUAUUGGUUAGUGGGAUGAGAUGGACUAUUGCGCUUGAACUUUAUAUGAUGCCAAGUUUGGCAACACAACAAAGCUUGACAGUCCCUGACAAAACAGACAUUAGUGGCGGGUAAGACUGGGGGGAAAAGAACUAUGAAACUCUCUUCAGUUUGGAUUCAGUAGUUAAUGAAUUGGUUCUGGCCCCAGGCUAGCUAGGGCAGCUUAAAACACUAGGGCUUAGAGCAUGCUCAGUCACUACUGCACUUGCCUCACUUCACAGGCCAGUUCUAGUAUCAGAACAGUUAGGUAGAACAGUUGUUUCUCAACCUUUGGUCCCUGAGAUGACGACACUGAUUUGGUCAGCUCUAAUUGAAGACUGCUUCAAUGGCACAAAACAAGUUUGAGAAACGGAGAUAGCCGUCUGGCCCAAAGUAGAAAGGAUAACUCAAAUUGCAAAAUUAGUGUCUUAAGUCACUGCCUCACCUUGUAAUCAAGACAGAAGAGAUUGAUUUUGCCUGUCUUGUUAGAGGGACUGUCAGGAAGCCACCUUUUAGGUAGACAAACAUUCAGGCCACUCAUUUGCAUCAACGAUUUCAAUAUUUCAUUCUUAUUGUAGUGGGACCUCAAGGUGGCAGACUGCAUGUUUUUGGGAAAAAAAAUAUUCAUUAGUCUCCUUUUCUGCUAUAUUAAUAUUUUAGAUAUGGUGUGGUUAUUGGUUUGGUUUUAAAUAUUCACCCAUAUUACCAUCGUUGACAGGUGGGGUUUCAUGAUGCAUUUAUAGGAGGUGAUAAAGGAAGCUUGUGCCAUAUUGAAGUGUGUGUGUGUAAGGUAUCACUUCCAUUUGCAAUAAAAAUAGCCAGUGGGAUGGGUUUGAAAAUGUAGAUCUUUGAGUUGUUUGGAAUUGAAAGCACAUACAUUUGUAGUAAGAUAAUUGUUACUGAAAUUAUAAAAUUAAGCUGUAUUACUGCCUCGGAUGAGGACUAAUUAAAAUGAGCAUAAAAGCCGGCCGUUGAUUACAAACCGGCACCAAAACCGAUGCAUUGAGUGUUUGAGGUACAAGUAUUAUUUCCAAUGUGCUUGGCUGUGUCUGAGGGCUCUGUGCUUGUCUGUCAAAUCCUUUAUUUUUUAUUGAAAGUGCGUCUGUUCUUGCAUGCCAUUUUUCGUAAUACUGUAGUGGUGUCUGAAACCCAGUUGGCCCUUCACAAGGCAGCCCCAGAACUGGACCCUAGGGGCAAGGUCAGCGAAGCACAACCUUUUUGAAUAUUCAGAUAUGUUAUGUAGAAUAAACAUGCCUCUGACAUGUAGCAUAAGGACUCAUGUCAGCUCUAUUCAGGACAUUUAUCUGCAAUGUUCCACAAUGCUGUGCAACGCUAAAUGCAACCCCAGGUACUACUAAACCAGCCUCAUCCAAAGACUAAAGUGUAAGCUAAAUCCAUGGCAACUUUUUAUCCCAACACCUGAAGAUCAAUAAAGUUAUGGGAUUUGACUACUCCAGGAGGAGCCAUUCAUUUAGUGUGUAAAUGGAGAAUAUAAGUGUAAGAACAAGUGUUCUAUUCCCUCAGACCAAGAUCUCUCUGGAUGUCAAGUUAAAACAGUCCAUAAUGCCAUUGUGUUGCACAGUAAAAAAAAGUUUAACUUUAGAAAUAUCAUAUUUGUAAAACCAUGAGAACAAAAACCAAUAAAACGAUUAAGAUUUA